AUGGCUUCCAUUUGGAAGCGGCUGACACUCAGCCCUGAAGGUCGAUUUGGUGAAGACGCGUCCAGAACACAGCCCUCCUCGCUGAGGUCGCGACGUGCUAAAAAUGACCUCCAUCGUCGUCGAAGCUUAGCUGGCCUCUUUACUACUUCGUCUCCGGCAAAGGAACCGAUCCAUUAUCCGCUGUACAACCCUCUUGACCCUAGACAUGAUUUAGAUGCCCUUGCCUAUGAGGGUAACGAUAAGGGGUUUUGGGCUAGCUAUGGCCGGUCUAUAAGAGCACGGUUUCAGGGUUCCACCAAGCCCGGACCUGUAUCUCCAAACACCCAAAAUCAAAAACCUCGCAGAAGCAUUAGGUCCAGCUUCGCGUCGUUCACUGGCUCAUCACGACUCCUGAAACGCCUCUCUCGUUCAGAAAUCCCUUCCAGCCCUCGUUUAAACUCAAUUCGGGAGCCCCUAGACGCGAGUCAAAUUGAGCCCGAAGACAAAGCAAGCUAUCUGCUGCUGGACAGGUCCGACGGCUCCCAAACCUCGUUCUUGCCUGAAGUCCUGGAUGUCCCGCGGCAAUACUAUUUACCGUCACUUCCAUCAAUGUCAUCAGGCCUGAUGUCCCCAUUAGAAUUGGAAGCUUGUACUGCUGGAAGCCACCACGCGCAGCCAGUCCUGAAAUUUCAGAACCUAGCACCAUCACAGAUUCUGAAUUUGGGGCGGAAAUGCACCGCACAUGCGCCCCGCAUCGUUAUGCUUCGAUUACAGAGAGUGAUGCGGUUCUCAGCUCCUGGCUAUCUUCAUUAUCUAGCAUUUGUCACCCGCGCGACAAUACUGAUAUUUCUGGAAGCACCUUGUGUCGGUCCCAACCCCCUUCAACAAGGCACCCAAGUGACUUAUACUCUGCAUCAGUUUUACGGCGGCCAUAUGGACAUGCUCAAGCUUCCUCUAGAUCGGAGACACUGCAAUGUUGGCGGGCCUUAUGAAGUGCCGAAUGACCUCCUUAACCUAGGUAUCAAAUCAACAGAUACUCCAAUUCAGUUAUCAAAUUCUCUCAGAAAACAGUUCUGUGAGAGUGAUCUUACAACCGGAUUUCACAAAGGAGACUUCUGGCCUGGCUCAAUUGAUUCACGUAUUGGAAAUGACCACCUCAAACAACUUCACAAAGAAAAUAGGCCUAAUCCCCGGGCCUUAGAUGGACACGACUUAGAAGGUCAUGGUAGUGUUCAGUUUGGUGGAGAAUACCAAAUCAUAUCAGCUACUCACCCUGGAGAAAAUCAAGCUCCUGGUUACAGUGGAAAUACGCGAGUACGAAGCGAUUCUCAGGAUGCUACAAACGGGAAAAUUAUCCCAAACUUCGAAACGUCUUACGGCCUUUGCAUAGACACUUCAACAAAUUGCGGCCCUACGUCAAGGGGAAAAUCGGGAAGUCAGAUUCGUCCCGACCAGUGUUCCAAAUCCUCCUGUGGUCGCAAGAAUGGAUCAAGCAGUUGCAGUGGUUCCGGCUCUGGUGACUCAGGCCAGAGUGAUCCACUGACCAAUAGCACGGCCGGGACAAGCGUUGUUGACUUUGCAAAGGACCAUAACUCGACUACAAAGACUAAAGCGCAGGAACUUCUUGAGCCAUUUGGAAUCGAGAAAUCGAGCGAGCAAACGAGCGAACGAAUGGCUCAGCAAAUUGCCCUCCAAGGACAAGUGGAUCCUACAAAGCUGCGAUUUCUUUAUGAACAUAAUGAUGAUGGCGUCUAUAUCUUUGUCUGUGUCAGUGUGCCUGUCUUUACGCAUGGAGGCCCGGUAAAGCAGACUUUUGUUAACCUGAAACUUUGA